UCUUCGCACUAUCGAAGAAUUUGAAACGAGACUUUCUUCACCAGGUAACUUAUCCAAAUAUGAUGGAAUUUUUUGAGUUCCUCGGAGUUAUGGAGAUCUCUAAUAUGUCAUUUUCAGUGAGCUUAGACCAAGGCCGUGGUUGCAAAUGGGGUACCCGAAAUGGAAUCUCUAGUUUGUUUGCACAGAAGAAGAAUGUCUUGAAUCCAUAUUUUUGGCAAAUGAUUAGAGAAAUUAUCAAGUUCAAGCAGGAUGUCAUAAGUUACCUUGAAGCACUCGACAACAAUCCUGACAUUGGUCGCGAUGAAACAAUAGGGCAAUUUAUUAAGUCAAAUGGCUGUUCGGAGUUAUUUCUGAAGGCUUAUCUGAUUCCAAUAUGUUCUUCAAUCUGGUCCUGUCCCCUAGAAGGAGUAAUGGGCUUUUCUGUUUAUUACAUUCUUUCAUUCUUCCGCAACCACCAUCUUCUUCAGCUCUUUGGUCUCCCUCAGUUGCUCACUGUAAGAUGGGGAUCACAUACAUCUAUAAACAAGGUUAAGGAUGAGCUGGAGAAGAGAGGUUGCCAAAUAAGAAGUGGUUGUGAAUUAAAUUCUGUAUCGACAGAUGAAGAAGGUCUAGUUUGGUUUUAUUUUUGGCUUGUUUCAAGAGUUCAUCGUGCUGAUUAUUUUAUCAUAAUAGUAGAUGAGCAUAUAUCUGUUGGAAAAUGGAUAGGUUAUUACCUAAUGGAAAUUUAUUUAAUGAAAAGACCCUAUCACUUUAUGUGUUUAAAAUGGUCCUUUAUAGCGAAACUAGAAAUGAGGAAGAUAGGUUUUCAUUGAUAUCCAUUAGUGUUUUUUUUACAACAUUGGUGUUAGCGCCAGUUUAUGCACAUAUCGACUAUUCUACAGGGUACUUGCUAUCUCCCACCGGUGUAGAUAACGAGUAACUCUAUUCAUUAAGGCUUAGGCAGAUGGGAAAAAAUCACCUAGUGUUCCCUGGCCUUCAAUUUUUGCACUCACCUUAUUGAUCAGUAUGCCAUACCCUUGGGUGCAUAUUUAUUAGUGUUUUCGUCUUUACUUUCUUGU